AGGGGGGACACACGGAGGGAGAAAGAGAGAGAGGGAGCGCACACACACUCACGAAACGCAAACUUCCAACUCUCCCAUGUGGAGACCAGAGGUUUGAGGAUAACGUCUAUUUUUGCCUCUCCUGGGCUCCGUUCCUGCCCCCUCUCUCCCUCUCUUUCUCUCUCUCAGUGUUUUUGCCCGGAGAGUCGCGUGUCUAUGAGAGUCUCGCCUGGUGAGCAGAGAAGUUUGGUUGUUUGCGUGGUCGGUUGAGGAGGAGGAGGAGAAGAAGAAGAAGAAGAAGAGUCGGGUGUAGAAGUGGGGGGAAGAUGGUCCGCAACGCCGCUUGGAGAAGGAGCUUACUGUGCGUCCUGGCGCUCAGCCUCAGCUUUGCGUCCUCGCCGUGCAAAGCUCGGAUUUACACCAACCACUGGGCAGUGAGGAUAGCCGGGGGACCCGAGGUGGCCGAGCGGAUAGCGGAAAAAUAUGGCUAUAGAAACAUGGGACAGAUUGGAGAUCUCAAAGACCACUAUCACUUCUUCCAUAGUCGAACCAUCAAAAGGUCGACUUUGUCCAGUCAAGGGCGCCAUAGUUUCAUCUCAAUGGAGCCCAAGGUGGAGUGGAUACAGCAGCAGGUGGUGAAGAGGAGGAUCAAGAGGGAUUAUAAACAAUCCCCACCCCUUUCUUUGUCAAGCCCCGCCUACAGCAGCCAGGCCCAGACCAAUAUCUUCUACACUGACGCCAAGUGGAGCAGUAUGUGGUACAUUCACUGUAACGAUGACGUCCAUAACUGCCAGUCGGACAUGAACAUCAUGGGGGCUUGGAAAAGGGGCUACACAGGAAAGGACGUGGUAGUGACCAUACUUGAUGAUGGCAUCGAAAGGAACCAUCCAGACCUCUUUCAGAACUACGACCCUCAAGCGAGCUUUGAUGUGAAUGGCAACGACGUGGAUCCCAUGCCUCGAUAUGACGCGACCAACGAGAACAAACAUGGGACACGGUGUGCAGGCGAAGUUGCUGCAGCUGCGAACAACUCUCACUGUAUUGUGGGCAUUGCCUACAAUGCUAGAAUAGGAGGUGUGCGAAUGCUGGACGGUGAUGUGACCGACAUGGUGGAGGCCAAGUCUCUGAGUCUCCAUCCGCAGCACAUUGACAUCUACAGUGCCAGCUGGGGACCCGACGAUGACGGCAAGACUGUGGAUGGGCCAGCGUCUUUGGCCAGAACCGCCUUCGAGAACGGCAUCCGCAUGGGGAGGAAAGGCCGUGGCUCCAUCUUUGUCUGGGCUUCGGGCAAUGGUGGCCGCAGCAGAGACCACUGCUCAUGUGAUGGCUACACCAACUCCAUCUACACCAUUUCCAUCUCCAGCACGGCAGAGAGUGGACGGAAGCCCUGGUAUCUGGAGGAAUGUUCAUCCACUCUGACCACCACCUACAGCAGUGGGGAGAACUAUGACCGAAAGAUUAUCACAACAGACCUGAGACAUCGGUGCACAGACAGUCACACAGGGACAUCGGCCUCGGCUCCCAUGGCUGCUGCAAUUGUCGCUCUGGCCCUGGAGGCAAAUCCUCUUCUAACAUGGAGAGAUGUACAGCACAUCAUUGUAAAGACAUCUAGAGCUGGACAUCUCAGUGCCCCCGAUUGGAAGACCAAUGCUGCUGGUUACAAUGUCAGCCACUUGUAUGGAUUUGGCCUGAUGGAUGCUGAAGCGAUGGUGAAGGAGGCAGAGCGAUGGAGGCAAGUCCCUUCUCAGCAUGUCUGUGUGGAAAGCGCAGACCGACAGAUCAGAACAAUCCGCCCAGACCACGUGGUUCGAUCCGUGUACAAGGCGACAGGAUGCACCGACAACCCCAACCAUCAUGUGAUCUACUUGGAGCACGUGGUUGUGCGGAUAACAAUCACACACCCUCGCCGUGGAGACCUGUCCAUCAACCUGACAUCGCCGUCUGGGACCAAGUCGCAGCUGCUUGCCAACAGGUUGUUUGAUCACUCUAUGGAGGGUUUUAAGAACUGGGAGUUCAUGACCACCCACUGCUGGGGAGAGAAGGCAGCAGGCGACUGGGUCCUAGAGAUCUAUGACUCACCUUCUCAGCUCCGCAGCCAGAAAGUACCUGGCAAACUGAAAGAGUGGUCACUGGUGCUCUAUGGCACCUCCGUGAACCCUUACUCAUCUCUGCGCAAUGACAAACCUCGCUCCGCGGAGACGGUGACACCCACUGAUGAGGAGUUCACAGAGGAAUACAGUGGCCCCUGUGACUCUGAAUGCAAUGAGAACGGCUGUGAAGGUCCUGGACCUCAUCACUGCAUCAACUGCCUCCACUACUUCCUCAAGUUCAAGAACAACACCAGGAUGUGUGUGUCAGAAUGCCCCAGUGGCUUUUUCCGCGAUGAUCGGAAACGCUGCAAGAAGUGCUCCUCGUUGUGUGAGACCUGCGUCGGUAGCCGCAGUGACCAGUGCACCACAUGUCGGAGUGGUUUCCACCUCAACGAGGGCUCCAACACAUGUGUUGCCAGCUGUGCUGACAGCUUCUACCUCGACCGUGAUUCCAACAUUUGCAGAAGAUGUCCAGAGGACUGUAAGAAGUGCAACACCUCCAAUAUCUGCACAGAAUGUAAACCUGGGAUGAGUCUUCAAGGAAACAAGUGUCAGAUGACCUGCGAUCCAGGGACGUAUUAUAACGCCCACAGAAGAAUGUGUGAGCCCUGCCAUCGGGCCUGUGCAAGUUGUGCUGGCACAGGUAUAGAGGCGUGUACCAAGUGUGCAGAGGGCUACUUACUGGAGGACUGGCGGUGUGUGUCAACAUGCAGCACUGGCUACUACCUGUCAGAGCAGACCUCGGACAACGGGAAGGUGCAGAGGUCCUGUAAGAAGUGUGACCAUAGCUGCUACGAGUGCCUGUUGCCCGGUGAAAGAAACUGCAGCAGCUGUGUCAGUGGCUACAAUCUGGAGGGAGGCGCCUGUGUGGUCAGCACCAUCUGCAAAGAUGGAGAAUACCUCAGCUAUGGAAAGUGCCACCUGUGUGACGUGACCUGUUUGCGGUGCAGUGGUCCAGAGCAGGAGGCCUGCACCAGCUGCCCUGACACAAGGUUGUUUGAUGAUGGACGCUGCAGCAUUCGCUGUCAGACUGGACGUUAUGCACAGGGGAGACAGUGUGAAAGCUGUCACCACUCCUGCCACGAGUGUGUGGAUGAAGGACCAAACAACUGCACCAGCUGUGACAGAGAUAAGUUUGGUGUAGCCAGGUACUUUUUUCAAGGUCAGUGCCGGGAUGUUUGUCCCGAAGGCUUCUUCCACUCUACGAGGAGUCGGUGUGAGCCUUGUCCUGCAGAAUGCAUCAUCUGCACAGCAGAGAACCAGUGCGUCCACUGCAGCCCAGGACACAAACCCAGAAAUGGACAGUGUGUCCCACUGGAGUGCAGUGAAGGUGAAGUGGCAGAGGAUGAGGAUUGUCUCCACUGUGACGAGGGCUGCAAGCAAUGUGAACGCAAGGAUUCAGGGGAGCAGGGCCAGGAAACGGUUUGCCUCAAAUGUGAAGAUGGCUACUACCUGUUAGGCACAGACUGCCAUCAGACCUGUCCAGACCGGACCUACAGUCUAAACAGCGCCAUGGUUUGUGCUCCAUGUGAAGACAGAAAAUGUGUCGUCUGUGAACAGUCCCAGUGCUACUGGUGUGAAGAUGAAUUCUACACCUUUGGUGGAGAAUGUGUGGAUCACUGUAAGGAAGGAUUUUUCGUGGAUGAGGAGAGCCGGGAAUGUGAGUCGUGUCACCGCUCCUGUCGCACCUGUGGAGGCCCACAAUAUGACGACUGUGACUCCUGUGAGAAAGGAUUUACACUGGACAACGGGGAGUGUGUGGAGGGGAAAACACUGCCCUGCAGCGAGGGACACUUCAGAAACAUUAAGGACGAAUGUGAACAGUGCCAUUCCACCUGUAGAUCUUGCUCUGCUGCAGAGAAGGAUGACUGCAGGAGUUGCCACUCAGGUACAUUUUUAACUGCUCAACAGACGUGUGUGCCACAUUGUCCAUUAGGCACAUUCGCCAACAAGGUGUCAAACCAGUGUCAGGACUGCUCAAAAGGUUGUGUCACGUGCCAGGACGCACAGCAAUGCCUCCGCUGUCGGAGUGGCCUUUACCUGCAAAAUGGAUUGUGUGUGACGCAGUGUCAGAGAGGUUUUCAUCAGGACGGGAACUGUCAGCCGUGUGCUCCGGAGUGUGCGUCCUGCCAACAAAGUGCUGCUCACUGUCUGAGCUGCGAAGAGCACUACUUCCUUUUGGACCAUUCCUGCAAGUCACGCUGCCCAGACGGCUAUUUCACUACAGACAGAGAGUGUCGUAGCUGUCCAGCUCACUGCAGUGAGUGCAAUGAAGAUGGCCUCUGUAAGAAGUGUGCCGAGUACUACUUCCUCCAAGAGGGCAAAUGUGUGGAUGAUUGUCCUCAGGGCUACUUUGCCAGUGAGAAGCAGCAGGAGUGUGUGCACUGCCACUCUGAGUGUGCCACGUGCGACGGACCGGGUAUUGACGACUGUCUCGUGUGUAGCAAUGUGAAAGCUGUCCGUUACAAUGGAGAAUGUCUGGCCAAGUGUCUUGACCACACUUAUUAUGAUGGGAGAACCAAUGAAUGCAGAGAUUGUGACAGGUCAUGUUUGACCUGCUCAGGGCCUGACCCCUCAUCCUGCCUGAGCUGUGACACCAACAGAAGAAAAGAUGCUAGUGGACACUGUAUGCGGGUCACUCAGUGUCCUCCACAAUCGUACACGGACCAGAGUGGAAACUGCCAACAGUGUCACAAACUCUGUAAUCUCUGUUCUGGGCCGGGCAAAAACAACUGCCUUAACUGCAAUAAGCCACACUUCCUGCUGAACGGCACAUGUGUGGAGCAGUGUCCUGUAGGUUACUACGCCGAGGACGAGGGUGAGCGCGUGUGUGAGCGCUGUCACUUCAGCUGUAAAUCAUGUGCUGGUCACCACAGUUUGCAGUGUGUCACCUGUAAAACCGGGUUCUUCAAGCAGGGAAGCAGCUGCGUGGAAUCCUGCUCUGAAAGUCACUUCGGCGACACUGAAACCAUGGUGUGCGAGCACUGUGACCCGUCUUGUAGCCAGUGUUCGGGUCCUGGGAACAGAAACUGCCUGAGUUGUCGACGGGACUACGUAUACGUAAGGCAGUGGGGCCAGUGUCUACAGAGCUGCCCCUCAAACUUCUACCUAGAUAAACGGUUCAUGACCUGUCACAGGUGUCAUUCAACCUGCAAGACCUGCAGAGAUAAAGGUGCUCUGGCCUGUCUGUCCUGUUAUGAUUCCUACGCCUUCAGGGGUGGCAUCUGUAUGUCUGAGUGUCUCAUAGGCUUCUACGGCACUUCACAGCAGUCUGACUCCCAGAGCGAUGAGCCAGAGUGUAGGCCGUGUGAUUCCUCCUGCAUGGACUGUCGAGGUCCCAGCAUGUGGAACUGCACUGUCUGCCAUGCGCUACAGAUCCUGUCUGAUGAUGGCCGCUGCUUGAGUUGCUGUGGUGAUCAGAACGGCCACGAUGAUAAACCGAUACCCUGGGAGUGCUGUGACUGUGAGGCAUCACUAGAUGAGUGUGUCAUGGGUGUGAACUUUGUCCUGGAGAAAGCUGAGCCUGAAAGCAGCGCCAUCAGACUCUUUGUCACUGUUUGCGUGCUACUUGUCAUCCUUGGUGGUGGCGGGCUCUUCCUCUUCCUCAACGCACGGUCAAAAUCCCUCACCUUGUCAGCCAAAGCCAAAGCUGGGGGCUACAAGAAACUGGACACCAACGGCAGCGUCCCCGCACAGUUUUCCACCUCCUCACUGGGGGAGUACAGUGACCGAAUCUUGGACUGUAAGGAGGAUGAUGAGGAAGAAGAAGACGAUAUUGUUCACAUGGGAAAAGAUGGGACCGUGUAUCGGAAGUUCAAGUAUGGACUCUUGGAUGAAGAUGACAUUGAACUUGAGUACGACGACGAGAGCUACUCGUAUAUAUGAAAAUCAAGCACAAAAGCAAGAAAUAAAAAAGGAUAAAGGAUAAAGAAGGGGAGUGUUCAAUAUCACCGACAUGAAAACGAGAAAUGUGUUUAUUUUUUGGCAAGUUCUUCAGACAGACGGGUAGUCAUUGGAUACAUGAUUUUUACUUAAUACUCUUUUUUGUAUAUAAAGCUGGAUGCCUUCAGAUCUUGUUAGCACAAUUGAAGUUUCCUUCUCUUAAAGAAGGAAACUUCCCUCCACUGUCGCCAUGUGCUUUUUCACUUAGUUUCGACACCCUGAUACGUAACAUGCAUUGGUGAUUUGGGGCUGAAUAAAUAAAAAUGGAUUAAUCAGGUGGAAUUGAGGUGGACCAAAAUGAUUUUUUUUCAGUGACAUUGUUGAGACAGAUGACAGCUACAAGGAAUUAAACCUGCCUCAAAUGUCAUAUUUGACCAUUUUGGCAGCAGAUCGCUUUACACUCCUAAAAAUGGAAAGAAAAAAAAGAUGUAAGGCUCAGAACAUGGGCUGUAUUUGACAUUUUCUUAUCAUUUUUGCUUGUUUACUUAUUGUGUUAUCAGGGAUACUUCAUCCUGGGGACCAGAGUAAAUUAAAUGUGUAUAAAAACAAAUACAUCCAAGUCAAGGCUGGUCACAAAACGUGUUGCAGAAAUGUAUCAGAGUUAAAUAAUCCAACACAUUCAGUCAAUGUUGCUUUUAAUUUAGCAUCUUUGGUUUACAGUUAUUAAUUAAUUAGUUGGACCGUAAAAAGACACAUUAGUGUCUCGCAAAUAAUGAUUACUCUGUACAUGGUUGAAGUGAAAUGUGCCGUGAAUUAUUCUUUCAAAAAUAAAGGUGGAUUUUGAUCUGUGUGAAAUAUU